CCCCGUGGAAUCCAUAGCCCCAAAGCGCACUCCCUAUCCACACUCCAUCAACAUCUUUAUUCCCCUCUUCUCUCUUACGAAGCUCGGCUCACAUCCACUCCCCUUCCUCGCCACUACCGUGCCGCCCUGCCCGGCUGUGCUGAAGGGCGACCAUGGAGAUCACGGAGGAGCCCAUGCGCACCGUGGAAUCCGGAAGCGCUCACAGCGAGUUUGGUCAGGAUGCUAAAGUGGUUGAGAAGGAGAAAGCUUACAACAUUCUACCCCUGGACGUUAGUGCUCCACAUCCAGUAAUGGAAAUUCCCGAGAUUAAAGCCGCAGUAGAGCUUCUUCACCCAAGACUGGAUUCAUCUUCCGUGCCUGGACAAAUAGAUGGACACAUUAUUCAUGAUUUGCUUGAUUGGCUCAGGCAAACAUUUGGAUUUCAGAAAGACAAUGUAGAGAAUCAAAAGGAGAAUUUGAUCUUGCUGCUUGCAAACAUUCAAAUGAGAGAAGGGCGUACUGCCCGCCACGGUGAAAGAUCCAAUCAUGUGAUACAAAGUAGUACAGUGAUAUACUUGAUGAAGAAACUUUUUCAAAAUUACAUUUCCUGGUGCCGUUAUCUGGAUUUGGAGUCAAACAUUGAAAUUCCAAGCAGUGCCACCAGGCCCGCCACACAGCAACCAGAACUUCUUUAUGUUGGGUUGUAUUUUCUGAUCUGGGGUGAAGCUUCAAAUGUUCGCUUUAUGCCUGAAUGCCUUUGUUAUAUAUUCCACCAUAUGGCAAGGGAUUUAUAUGGCAUAAUUUCUAGUUCUUUUGACCCACUCUUUCGGCCAGACGGCCGGGAUGAUGCAUUUCUAAAGCUGGUUAUUCAACCCAUCUAUAAUGUUAUCCGGAAGGAAGCUCUAGUGAAUAAACAUGGCACAGUGAGCCACUCAAUGUGGAGAAACUAUGAUGACCUGAAUGAAGUCUUCUGGUUGAAGAAAUGCUUUAAUCAGCUUGGGUGGCCAAUGGAUCUAGGAGCUGACUUUUUUUCGGCAGCUAAGAAAAUGAAAAACGUAACUGAGGUUACUCACUAAUCUUUUGCAUUGUUCUUUUGUGCAAGAGAUGCCAUCUGCAAUCUGACAGAAAAAUGAUUCUUCUUUUAUAUUGAUUUUCCAACGCAUGAUUUUACAUCAGAAUAACAUAUAUAGCAUGCAUCAUUAACCUUCACAACCUCAGUUUGUCUAGUAUAGUGGCCUAUGGGAAAUAAACUAAACAUUGAACUACAUCUGUGCAGAACUUUCCAGAUUGAAAAUACAAAAGUAUUUCCUAUCUGGUUUGAUAUAUUUUUGAUAAAAUUGCAUGUGAACUCCAUUAACUUAUGUAUAAUACUCUAUUUCUCCCUCAACCGCAUCGGUGCUCCCUAAACAGUGAAGUACCAAUUUUGUUGGUUCAGCGAGCUAUGUGCUGCGCCGAAGACACCAUCGCUACAAAUGGCAAACUCGGGACAACAACAUACAAUUUUGGUCACUACUGAACCAUUCC